GUGGUGGAAGGCGCCAUUGACAGAAGCCGGAGUCGCCGCCGCGCUGCCGCGGCCGCCAGCUGCGUGGGAGCAGGGAGCAGGGCCCGCCGCCGCCAUGGACUACGGGGAAGCUGAAGACAGAGAUUGGAGAUUCCCAGAUACCCCCAUGCAUUGUGGUGUGAACAUGCCCAGUGGGUCAGUCUCAGACAUGGACCGUGAUUAUGGGCAUGGAGGCUAUGGUGGCCCACGAUCCAUGGACUCUUACCUUAACCAGUCCUAUGGGAUGGAGAGUCAUGGAGGUGGAGGCGGAGGAGGUGGUGGUGGUGGUAACAGGUUUGGACCUUAUGAGUCUUACGACUCCGGGUCUUCUCUGGGUGGGCGAGAUCUGUACAGAUCUGGCUAUGGUUAUAAUGAACCCGAACAAAGCCGCUUCGGAGGUAGUUAUGGUGGUCGAUUUGACAACUCCUACCGGAAUAGCCUUGACUCUUUCGGAGGUAGAAACCAGGGCGGGUCUAGCUGGGAAGCACCUUACUCCCGUUCAAAAUUGAGGCCUGGGUUUAUGGAGGACAGAGGAAGAGAGAGUUACUCUUCCUACAGCAGUUUUUCUUCACCCCAUAUGAAGCCUGCACCUGUAGGCUCUCGGGGGAGAGGAACGCCUGCUUAUCCUGAAAGUGGAUUUGGAAGCAGAAACUAUGAUGCUUUUGGAGGACCAUCAACAGGCAGAGGCCGAGGCCGAGGACAUAUGGGUGACUUUGGAGGAAUGCACAGACCUGGAAUUGUUGUUGACUAUCAUAACAAACCCAGCCCUGCAGCAGUUGCUGCAAGAGGAAUAAAAAGGAAAAUGAUGCCACAGCCAUACAACAAACCUGGUGGGACAUUUAUCAAGAAACCCAAAAUGACAAAACCUAUUUUGAAGUUGACACAGAAAAAAUCAUCUAAUAUGAAGUCAUCUUUCCAGGACUCUACUAUAGAGGAAAUUGAAGUGGACACAAGUGGUGCAGUUGUUAUAUAUGAAGACUUUACAAGAGAUGCGUAUGAUGUUGGGUAUCAGACUUUUGGAGAUUCCAAAGGAGAAGGUAAAAGUGAAGAGGAGGAAAAGCGGCGAAUUGAGGCCAGAAGAGAGAAGCAAAGGCGUAGAAGGGAAAAAAACAGUGAGAAAUAUGGUGAUGGAUACAGAAUGGCAUUUACUUGCUCAUUUUGCAAAUUUCGAACAUUUGAAGAAAAGGAAAUUGAAUCCCAUCUGGAGAGCGCAGCUCACCAGGAAACACUGGAUCAUAUUCAGAAGCAAACCAAAUUUGACAAAGUAGUGAUGGAGUUUCUUCAUGAGUGUAUGGUGAAUAAAUUCAAGAAGACAGCUAUGCGUAAACAACAGACUAGUAACCAAACAGAAAAUGCUCAAGCUGUUGAAAAAGAUAUCAUGGAAGGGGUUACUGCUGAUGACCAUAUGAUGAAAGUUGAGACUGUUCACUGCAGUGCUUGCAGUGUAUAUGUUCCUGCACUGCACAGUUCUGUUCAGCAGCACUUAAAGUCUCCUGAUCACACAAAAGGAAAACAAGCCUACAGAGAACAAAUAAAAAGGGAGAGUGUUCUUACUGCUACCAGUAUCUUGAAUAAUCCAAUAGUCAAGGCACGGUAUGAGCUGUAUGUGAAGGGUGAAAAUCCUUUUGAAAUCAACGAUCAGGCUCAGGAGCAGCAGACAGAAGAGGAAGACAAGGCUGAAGAGCCAGCUGAGGGCGAGGAAGAAGAGGAAGAAGAAGAGGAGGAAGAAACUGAAGAGCAAACUGAUUUUACUUUAGACCACACUGAAGAUAAUUAAAUGCAAGAAAAUGAGAAAAAAAAAAUGGGGGGGAGGGAGGGCAAAACGGCUUUUUAUUUCUGCUCUAAAGUGGCUAGACUUUUUAAUAGUCUCAGAUGAACAUUGUUGAAGACUGCCCACCCUAUGCAUGCAUUCCAUUCUGUGGAGAACUUGUUUAUAUAAUUCCUCUGUGUUUCUGAUUUUUGUUCAAAAUGAAAUUAAGAUUAUUUUAGUUGAGCUUUUUAUAGCAAACUGACUGUUAAAGCUGAUUAAACAUUGUGUUGUAUAUUUUUUUAAGCUUCCUAUUUUUUUGACGUGUGCAUUGAAAGUUGGAUAUAAUAGUUUUUGAUCAAAUCAUUUGGAAGGAUCGUCUAGGGGUAAAUAUUUUAAAUGCUGUUUUAAAUGGCAUAAGCUUAUAUUUACCUCAAUGCAGAAAGAGUAAACUUCAAAAAUUGUGCCGUUGAGUGUGGCUGUUUUGGGAACUGCAUUGCACUCUGUAUAAUAGAAUAUGUGUUAUAAUAUGCCUCAUAGCUUUUUGUGAUAAAAUGUACCGGUUUGUAGAAAUAAAAUAUGUAAGAAAUGUU